AGAGGCAGAGCGCGCCGCCGCAACCUCCUGCGGAGACCUCCUUUCCAGCUGGCCACUUCCCUCAGCCCUCCGUUUCAUGAUCUUGUCCAGAGGAAAACCAUUUUAUUUUUACAACUCAAGUUUUGACGUACAAGAUGAAGCAAGAUGCCACAGGAAAUGCUGCCUACACUGUGGAUUGUGAAGAUUAUGUGCAUGUGGUAGAAUUCAAUCCCUUUGAGAGCGGGGAUGCAGGAAACCUAAUUGCAUAUGGUGGCAGUAAUUACGUGGUCGUUGGCAUGUGUACAUUUCAGGAGGAAGAAGCAGACCUUGAAGGAAUUCAGUAUAAAACACUCCGAACAUUUCACCAUGGAGUCAGGGUCGAUGGCAUAGCUUGGAGCCCAGAGACUAGACUUGAUUCAUUGCCUCCGGUGAUCAAAUUUUGUACAUCAGCUGCUGAUAUGAAAAUUAGAUUAUUUACUUCAGAUCUACAAGAUAAAAAUGAAUACAAGGUUUUAGAGGGCCAUUCCGAUUUCAUUAAUGGUCUGGUGUUUGAUCCCAAAGAAGGCCAAGAAAUUGCAAGUGUGAGUGAUGAUCAUACCUGCAGGAUUUGGAACUUGGAAGGAAUGCAGACAGCUCAUUUUAUUCUUCAUUCCCCUGGAAUGAGUGUGUGCUGGCAUCCUGAUGAAACUUUUAAGCUGAUGGUUGCAGAGAAGAAUGGAACAAUCCGGUUUUAUGAUCUUUUGGCCCAACAGGCUAUUUUAUCUCUAGAAUCAGAACAGAUGCCAUUAAUGUCAGCACACUGGUGCUUAAAAAACACCUUCAGAAUUGGAGCUGUUGUGGGGAAUAAUUGGCUAAUUUGGGAUAUUACUCAAUCCAGUUACCCUCAAGAAAAGAGACCUGUCCACAUGGAUCGAGCCUGCUUAUUUAGGUGGUCCACAAUUAAUGAAGACUUGUUUGCAACCAUUGGUUAUCCUGGCAAAAAAGCGAGCCAGUUUCAAAUUCAUCAUUUAGGACACCCUCAGCCCAUCAUCACUGGCUCUGUAACCGUUGGAUCUGGCCUGUCCUGGCAUAGAACUCUCCCACUUUGUGUAGUUGGAGGAGACCACAAGCUGUUGUUUUGGGUGACUGAAAUGUAAAAUUAAUUUUCUAUGUACUUUAGAUCAGUAAAGUUUGUAUUUUUAGUACAUAUUUUAGAGAAUUCCUUAUUUUUAUAUCAAAUAUACUGUAAGCUCUAGAAAUGUCCCAAUUGUUGCCUUUGUUAAAUAAAAUGUUGAUGGUUUGAAAACUUAA